UGGUAACCAUAUGUCAAAACACUCCAGAACUUUUAACCAUGUGAUCGAAUUUGUACUAUAGAAUAUUUACUUUGCAUGAUGUCAAAUAUAAGGUGUUUCUGCAUAAAAUUAUAAAGGAAUUUACAUAUGUAUUUGGGUAGGAAUUAAGGUGAUAAAAGGUGUAAAAUGAGAUUCAAAAUAUCUGCACAAAACCGUAAUGGUCAUAAGCGUUUGGUAACAUGUGUAGCAUGGAGCUCUGCAGAAGAAAUUUAUUCUUGCGGCGAGGAUCAUCUAUUAAUAUCAUGGCACUUAGAAGGUGGAAUCGCACAUUCUAGCAUUAUCACAGAAUUUCCUGAUGAUUUUUAUCCGACUGAUAUGCAAUGGCAUCCAAGACCGAAUUAUGCUCUAUUAAUUACCAAGAAACAAUCGUUAGAUGUGCUCUUAAUUACUACAGCUGAUGGAAAGUAUCAUUUAGUGAACAAAAAUGGACGUAUAGAAAAAAGUGUAGAUGCUCACAAAGGAGCAACUACAGUAGGCAGAUGGAGCAGUGAUGGUUCUGCACUCUUGACUGCUGGUGAAGAUGGUUUGAUAAAAGUGUGGUCACGUAGUGGCAUGCUUCGUUCCGUUGUGGUCAGAGGCUCAUUCCCUAUUUUAUCAGCUGCAUGGAGUCCAGAUUGUACCACAGUAUUAUAUUCCCAGGGUGGUCAUUUAACUUUUCAGUCACUUAACUCUAAUUCUAAACCUCGCAAGUUAUUAGCGCAUGAUGGUCUCAUUUUAGUUUUGUGCUGGAAUCAUACUCAUGGAUUAAUAAUCUCCGGUGGAGAAGAUUGUAGAUACAAGGUAUGGGAUUCCAAUGGCACUCAAUUAUUCUCUAGUAAUGCGGGAGAUCAUCCCAUCACUGCAGUGAGUUGGAGUUAUUCUGGAAAUUAUUUUGCUGUGGGAUCAUUUAAUACAGUUAAGCUGUGUGAUAGAACAGGAUGGUCUCAUUCAUUAGAGAAAGUUAAUGCUGGAAGUAUUUACAGUAUUGCUUGGUCAAGUGAUGGCACUCAAGUAGCUAUGGCUUGCAGUAAUGGAACUGUACUUACAGGCCAUAUAAUAGAUAGGAGAUUGGAGUGGAAUAACUAUCAAGCUACAUUAGUUAAAAGAAAAGUAAUUGAAAUCAGAGAUGUUGGUAAUGAAAUACGAGAAACAUUGGAGAUAUCAGAUCGCGUUGUUCAAUUAGAGUUCGGUUUCGAUCAUUUAGUCGUUAUCACACCUGCACAGUGUCAUGUUUACUCUGUUACAAAUUGGAAUACACCUGCUAUAUUCGAUUUGAAGAAUACUAGUGUAUCAGCAGUCCUUCUAGCAGAAAAGCAUUUUUUAUUAGUUGAAUGGAAUAAUGUACUAUUAUACAGUUACCAAGGGCGGCUAUUAGGAACUCCAAAAUGGAAAGGAAUGACACAGGAACGACUUUAUCCAUCCUGUAUAUCAUUAUGUUCUGAUACUUUAGUUAUAAGAUCACAAAGUAACGACAAAAUACUUCAUGUUUUGGAAGUUGCUUAUAAUAAACCUAUAGUAGAAAGUCAAGCAUACACACAUCUUCAAAGUAUUACAAGAGUUGCAUUAAAUCACGUUGGUGGAUUAACUGAUAGACAAGUAGCUUUAAUUGAUAUAAAUAAGGAUUUGUUUCUGGUCUCUAUACGAGCUAGUGGUUUUGGUAGAGUAUGUAAAAUAGCGGCUAUGACACAAGACAUAGCAUGGGCGGCUGAUGCAAACGUUUUAGCAGCAAUGCUGGAUGCAACAUUAUCCGUCUGGCUAUGUCCCAAUUGUGUGCACUAUAGUGAUCGUAAAAUCAUACGAAAAACAAGAAUCGACAAAGAAAGCAGUGAAUUUGGUAAGCAGCCAAGUAUAGCAAAUGUGUAUAAUGGAAUGGUAAUGGUAAGACGCGGUGAUGGGGCAUUAGUAGCUUCAUCCUUUUAUACUUUUUUUAUUAGUCUUCAACAGCAUAUUUUAAAUAAGAGAUGGAAAGAAGCAUUGUCCCUUUGUCGAAUUGCUCAGAAUGAAAUAUUAUGGACUUGUAUGGCUGUUAUGGCAACUGAUGAUAAAGAAUUGGAUGCUGCUGAAGAAGCGUACGCAGCAAUUUCAAGAUACGACAAAGUCGAUUAUAUUCAGUAUAUUAAGAGACUACCAAGCAAAACAGAAAGAUUAGCAGAAAUGGCACUUCUAUCGGGGGACUUACUAACUGCAGAAGGAAUUCUUUUACAAAAUGGAUUAAUUGAAGAAGCUAUACGAAUUAACAUUGAAGUGUACAAUUGGAAUAGGUAUUUUUCAUUCUAUUAUAUUAUUAUGAAUAAUAUUGUUUUUAAUUUCGUACAUCUAUUUAGAGCGUUAGAGUUAGCAAUCAGACAUAAAAAGCAACAGGAUGAAGUACUAAAUGCAAGAAGAAAAUAUCUUCAAGUUAUUAAUAAAGAAGAGACAAAUCAAAGCUUUCUUGCAUAUGUGGCAAAUGUUGCCAAAUCACAAGAAGCCACUAAACAGACUACCUAUAAGGCAGAUGAAAUCGAAUUACCCGAGGCAGAAAUACAAAAGCUGGAAACGUUGGAUGAGGAAAUGCAGAUCUGAAAACGUAAAACUAGCUGCGUUUAUUCGAAUUGUUUGUUAAAAUAUAUAUCUAUGAAAUAUAACGAACCGGUAUUGGAAAAUAUUUCAAUUAAAAAAUCU